ACAAGAUUACACGAGCCAUGUCCACUCAACCGUCUCUCGAAGCUGCAGAGGAUUUCCUCUCGUUCGUGAAUGCCUCACCUACGCCUUUCCAUGCCGUCAAGUCAGCGAAAGAGCGUUUGGAGAAGGCGGGUUUCAAGCAGAUCAAGGAGCGAGACUCUUGGGCGCCGACUCUCCAGCCUGGAGGGAAGUACUAUCUGACCCGCAACGGGUCGACUAUCGCCGCCUUUGCCAUUGGUAAGAAAUGGAAGGCUGGCAACCCGAUUGGCAUGAUCGGCGCACAUACCGACUCGCCAUGUCUGCGCCUCAAGCCCGUAUCGAAGCGACAGGGUGACGGAUUCCUGCAGGUGGCUUGUGAAACCUACGGCGGUGGUCUCUGGCACACUUGGUUCGACCGUGACCUCAGCAUCGCAGGGCGGGCCAUGGUACGCACAGCACAGGGCAAUAUCGAGCCGCGUCUCGUCAAAGUAGAGCGCCCAAUCCUCAGAAUUCCCACUCUCGCCAUUCAUCUCGACCGCCAAGAGACGUUCCAGUUCAACAACGAGACACAACUGUUUCCGAUUGCCGGUAUGGUGGCAGCGGAGCUGAACAGGCAGGGUAAGACAGCAGCCUCCGAAGAGGAAGGCGCUUUCGAGCCACUCGCAACUCCGUCUGAGAGGCAUCAUUCGUAUCUGGUCGAGAUCAUUGCAGAGGAAGCAGGAGCAGAGCCGAAAGAUGUUGUCGACUUCGAGAUAGUGCUCUAUGACACGCAGAAGUCGGUCAUUGGUGGUCUCAACAACGAACUCAUCUUUUCCGCACGACUCGACAACCUGAUGAUGUCGUACUGCAGCGUCGAGGGUCUAAUCAAGAGUCUUUCCUCGUCCACAGCUUUGGACAACGACUCCACGAUCCGUCUCAUCGCUCUUUUCGACCACGAAGAGAUUGGCUCCCGCACAGCGCAGGGCGCGGACUCUAACCUGCUGCCUGCGGUGAUUCGCAGACUCUCUGUCCUGCCAGCUUCUGAAUCAAACUCCGAUAAGUCUUACGACAAGCUCGACGGUGACACAGCGACAGCGUUCGAACAGACAUUAGCAACCUCGUUCCUUAUUUCCGCCGACAUGGCACAUUCCGUGCACCCGAACUACCCCGCAAAGUACGAAUCCCAGCACAGACCAGAGAUGAACAAGGGUACCGUCAUUAAGAUCAAUGCUAAUGCCCGAUACGCAACAAACUCUCCUGGGAUCAUCCUUCUCCAAGAAGCGGCCCGUCGCGCAAAGAAGGCGUCUUCAAGUCUGUCAUCCGCCAAGGAAGGAGUUCCGCUGCAGCUCUUCGUUGUCCGAAAUGACUCGUCUUGCGGGAGCACCAUCGGUCCUAUGUUGUCAGCUAAAAUGGGUGCUCGCACUCUCGAUUUGGGUAACCCUCAGCUCAGCAUGCACAGCAUCCGCGAGACUGGUGGUGCUCACGAUGUUGAGCAUGCUGUCAAUCUGUUUGACAGUUUCUUCGAAAACUUUGAGGAGCUAGAGAAGACGAUCGUGGUAGACUGACUAGGCGAACCAAAGCUGUGAGCGGGGCCAGUUAGCAGAUAAUAUAUAAAUAUGAUACAAAGUUGCCGAUGCAGCUCGGAUCUCAUUCCGAGUCAGCCUCACUCAGGGUCCAUGCCAAGCACCCCACUAAAGUCAUCUCUCAGCUCCAUCUUGUCAAUCGUGACUGCUCAGUUCGCCUUGUAACCACUUUUACCUACGUUCAAUAAACGAUGUCGCCAGCUCAAUUUCUUUCAGGCGACAAGGCCGCCAUUGAGGAGUUUCUGUCCAG